AUGGCCGUGCCUUGUUGCUGCACGAGAUUUCCGCUGGGCCGGCUUGCCAUCGUGCACGUUUUCCUUCUUCACGUUAUGUUCUCUAUCAUGCCAUGCCAUGUAUCGGCGUCGUCGGAGCGUGCCUUUGCAUGGGAUUUCACGAACACGUCGUUGCGAACAAGCGGUUUACUCACUGAGUGUCAAGAGAUCGAACUUUCCAUCAGCCCGUUGCCAGUGCCAACGCCAGGGGCCUCCAACAACAACAGCGAUGAUCCAUCGGCACUCGGUGUACCACCUUACUCGCUGUUCGUGUUUGAGCCAGGUGGGACAUCAAGCCGCACUUGGAUAGACCCUGCCGCGCACUCGCCCCACUGGGUGGUCAAUUAUCAGCCAGGCUCGCAGCUCGUGCUGGGCAUGGUCGAUUCCGAGGGCCGUCCAGGUGGAGUGCUUGAUAGAGUGUUUACUGUCUCGCAAGGGGACCCGACGUGCAUGGGCAGUGGUACUGUGACUGACAGGCUGAGCGGGAGGAGCAGACCAUCGGGAAUUGCCUCGGGUCCAAAUAUAUCGUCAGAUCUCACAGUCCAGCUCGGGGAGCCAUGGGACAUCUCCGUCUCCCAAGGGUCGCCGCCAUACAGCAUCCUCCUUGCUGCCCUCGGCGCCCCAGGUCCUCUCCUCCUCCCGGUUCCGCGCCCGGAUAACGUGCUAAGGUAUAUUAAUCAAGGGUCCCAAAAUACGCGCGUCCUUGCCACCGUCAUUGACUCGACUGGGACUCUGGGUCUGACGACCCCGCUCGUCCACUUUGUUGGAGGCCCAGACGCCAACUCAGCGGGCGUCCCACAGGCCUCUACAGCAUACACAGCAUCCAAUCCAGGGUCUGCCAAGCAGCGUAUGCGCGUCCCAUCGGUGACAGGCUCUACCGACUCUGCAACUACCCAAACCAGCAGCGGUCAUUCGGGCCUCAGCCGGACCGACAUCAUCAUCAUCGCCGUCGUCGUCCCCGUCGUUGGCAUCAUGUUCCUGUGCGGCCUUGGGCGUCUCGGGUGUGUUUUGCGCCGACACAGAAAGGAGCGCUUCGAUGCUGAACCACAUCCGUUUCCAACGUAUAUCCCGCGACCACCCAACCCUCCUGAACUGCCGCGCCUCACUGUGUCACCUAUCGUGUUCGAUAUCUCGCAGCGAAACAACUCGUUUGUUGUCGAGUCGCCGCAGUCAAACUCGCGCAUCACGCCGUACUUGCCCUCGCACGAGCGGCGGCCAACCUCGCCUAUAAGCAUCGCUUCUUCUCCCGAUCGAAGUCCAAUUCGCGCACCCUCCCGUCAACGGCGACGACAUCAGCGGCCUCAAAGCCCACCACAUCGCUCGCAGAGCGCACCGCGGCAGCCAGAACAGGCGUUCACAUAUCCUGUAGACAAGCGUCCGCGCCAACAACGCUCCUCGCCCGCCCUCGGCGCCGCCGCCGCCCACCCCCAAUCCGCGUACCUCCGACACCAACGCCACAUGGACGGCCACCGUACCCACCAACAACGGCCCCAGCAACCCCAGAACCCACCCCAGACCUACUCCCAAGCCCCGCUGCGCCAGCUGCACCCCUCCCGCUCCAUGGGCGACAUGCACCUCCAGAUGGGCGGCGGCUUCCGCUCCUUCUCGUCCCUGCGCGAGGGCCGCAUACCCCAGCCGCAGUGGCAGUACCACCACGGGCACCGCUACCGCUACCCCGUGUACGAGUACGCGAACGAGCCCGACGAGCCGGAGCCCAUCUACUUCCAGCACCAGGACGGGGGCGGGGCGCACCCGGGCCUCUACGAGGUCCCGCCGCCGUACCCCGACGACCCGGGCCAGUAUCCCGAUGACAUCCAUGACCGCCCAUCGUCAUAG